CCUUCACGCAAGAUGCGACACCUCGCACUCGCGGCGAACGUUCUUCGGAUUUGUGAUAUUUUCCGGUAAAGUAGUUUGGCAGUUCUUCGAUGAUGAAGAUGCGAGUGGAUAAGUACGUGAAAAAUGUAAAAUCGCGUUAGUGAUACGGAAAUUGAUCGUGCCACGAGCCUGAGGAGACCUUCGUGGAUCUGUGUCCGUGAACGCCGUGUACAUUGCGUGCAAUUUACAUAUAUCGCGACAGGGCGUCCCGAACCGUAAUAAAACAUCGAUCGGUGUAGUGAAAGUGACGAAAAGAAACGAAAUCCAAGUGUUUCCCCAUCAUGUAGUCGACAGAAUCUUCCCGGCAGACUUUCGGAGCACAGACCGCAUGCCAAUGUCCAUAUUAUUCAGAUACAAGGUUAAUGCGCCUUGACUAUUUAUUAACCGUGUCUCCAUCAGGGCAUUAAUAGAUGAAAAUGAGUGGGGAUAUGUUCGAGGGUAAGGACUACCCUACCCAGUGGGCCCUGAACCCUUCCGCUUAUCAGAACAUGAGCAACGAUCAAGUCGACUGGGCAGCUUUAGCUCAGCAAUGGAUCAAAAUGAAAGAGACCGUUGUUCCACCGGCACCACCACCGCCGACUAUUAAUCCUAUAUGUUCUGGAACCGACGGUAGUGGAGAAGCUCCCAUGGAUAUGGACACUAAAGACGAUGAUAUCCCACCUGCACCGCCUGCGCCUACUAUCAGUGGAUCAGCUGAAUCUUGGACCCAAUGGAAUCAAUGGGGCCAUUGGAACAGCUCAGGUUCUGGUGCAGGUACUUGGGAAUGGACUGGUGUGCCUCCCCCCGGUGUUUCUAUAGGUUCUGAUGGGAAACCUAUGGGAAUUCCUACAGUACCAGUUAUACCGCCUGCUCCAACCAUAUCUACAACGUCUGAAUUUAAUGUGCCACCUCCAGCAGCACCGGCGUUAUAUUCUUAUAAUUCAGUACCUCCAACACAACCUUAUAGUCAGGUCAGUAGUUACUGGUCAGGAGAACCACCCGCUACAAUACCAUCGCAACCGCCCCCUUUCAUGAAAGGAGUUAGGCACACAAACAGAACGCCGCAUAUGAGGCCUAUAGAUAACGUCAGGUGUAGAGAAGACAGAGAAAAGACACCAGAAGAGGACACCACUACGACUAUAGACGCCGCUAAGCGAAGGCAGUUACCAGCCUGGAUUAGAGAGGGCUUAGAAAAAAUGGAGAAAGCGAAGCAGAAAGCCGUCGAGAGGGAGCGGCAGGAGGUCCUGAGGAAGCAAGAACUAGAAGCCCGAAAGCAGGCCGAGGACGAGGCCCGGGCGGUGCUAAAUCCUUCCAAAAGUAAAUUCGACUCCGAUUCCGAAAAGGAAACUGAGCAAGAAGUCGAGGAGGGUUCGCGCAGCCAGCAGGUGGCCGACAAAAACUUCGAGCGUACUCCAGACAUUCUUCUCCGGCCUCGGAAGUCGCGAUUCCGGGACGCAGAUUCGCCGGAUGCACAUGCACACACCGAUAGGAGUCCAACCACGCCUUCCAAUGCUACCUUAAGUACUCCCAAGCGAUCGAGAGAGGAGGUGCUGCAAGAUGUGGGCAGCCAUAAAGGAGACUUUGGUCAGCAGAUGUUGAAGGUACGGAGGUCGCUAACGGAAAUUCUUCUGGAGGUAACGAACGAAGAAAUCGGUUCUAUAUGCAGAGAGGUUUGGAGCCGCGCACGUGCCAAAGUCCCUGCAGGAGAGACCCCCGUCGCAUCCCUCAACAACAUGGCCCCUCUUGCUCAGAUCACUCGUAAGCUUGGUCUGGGCAUCUAUGGCGACAGCAACAGCGAGUCUGAGGAGGAGCAGAACGAACACGUCCAAGCUCAGAACAACGACAGCGACGAAGAACUCAUAGAGACAUUAAGACGGCGACAACAAGCGUUCAAAAAGACGGAGGAGGAAAUCGAGGCACGGCUGGCGGAGGAGGAUGAGAGGGAAGAGCAACGUUACGAGGACCAUUAUGGAAAGCAACAGGAAAAUCAUACUGGUAAUACAAGCUGCAAGGACGCAGUUGAUGAAAAAGAAACGAUAAAUAAUCAAAGAGAAGCGUCUGAAACUUUGUCGAGCGCCGGGCAAAGUCCACAGCCGCCGCAGACCUUGCCCGCGGACACGGCCAAGGCCGCUGAGACACCUUCAGGGUCGGCGGACACCGAGUCGAGCAGCUCGGAGUCGACUAGCUCCGACUCGAGUCGCAACUCGUUGAAGAAGAAACGGACUAGCAAGGGCCGCGAUUACCGGAAGAGGAGGUCGAAGAGCCGAAGUCGGUCGAGACCGCGAAAGUCACGGUCCCGUUCCUCGGAGCGCGGCCGCAAACGGAAGUCAAGGUCUAGAUCGCUAAAGUCCUCGCGUAAAGAGUAUCGUUCAAGGUCUUCGAGCAAUUAUAGGUCCAGCAAAAAGCACCGAUCGAGAUCGCGUAACCGUAAGCGACGCCGAUCCCGCUCGAGGAGCUGUCGUAGAUCUAGAUCGGUCUCGACCGCGAGGAAACGGUCAAGGUCAAGGUCCAGGGGCAAGAGGAAGUCCCGAUCGCAUUCCCGCGGACGACGACGAAGCCGAUCGUACUCGAUUCGACGCAGCAAAUCGCGCGCACGCGAGAAACGGCGAAGCCGAUCGCGAUCCAGGGCCAGAGACCGGUCGCGGACACGAUCCAAGGAGCGGAAACGCUCCGAGUCUUACGUUUCCAGGAGCAAGAGGAGGUCGCGGUCGCGAUCGAGGGAUCAUAGAAAAUCGCGAUCAAGAUCAAGGCAGUCGAACCACCGGGACGGUAAGAAAUCGUCGUCGCAUCGAUACAGGAAUUGAACCUGAAGCCCCAACGUUCUAGCCAAGGUUGUAUAUACAUAUUCAUAUUAUAAUAACAUUUUCGAGAUAUUCGUACAGAAUAUUAAUAUUAAUAAUAAUAUUAAUAAUAAUAUUAAUAAUAAUAAUAAUAAUAAUAAAACAGAGACAGAGAAAGAGAGAAAGAGUGAGAGAGAGAGUGAGAGGCGAUACGAUUAUGGAUAUACAUUUUGUUCUACAAGAUAAAAGUACACGCGCGGAUAUCAAGAAAAGCGAUGGUUCUAGGCAAUUGUGAUUGUCUAUUUAAUGCAAAUUUUCCAUGCGUGUGUGUUCCCGAGCACCUUAAUAAAUGUCCGGUCGGAUUAGCUCGCUCUUUUCCAAUCUAACUAGGAGAACCUUAACUUGUAAUAGUCUUCAAGACAAUUUUGUAAUUAUAAAAUGAGAACACGUCAGAUUUUUACCUCCACA